AUGAAAAUUCAAUUCCUUCUGGCAUGCAUUGUUUUUGCAUCCGCUCAAUCUUCAUUUCUUGAAGAAUCCUUAAUUAACAGAUCAUUUGCCCCCAUGAUGAAUAUAUUCUUAGAGAAAUCAACCGAUCCAACUUAAUAAUAAUAAUUAGAAACAGCCACCCCUCCUGAUACACUUCUCACAGCCACCCUUGAUAGUUACAUUGAUGCCUCAAAAUAAUAAUAAAUUCUAAUUGCACAGCAAUAUGAGUAAAAUUUACCAGCCAACGGUGAUUGUAUUAUUCUUUAUGGAGAAUGUGAAUAUAAGGGGCCUUCUUUCAAAUAUUGUGAUUAACCAGGAGAAUACAUCAAAUUUGAUAUUCCUGUACAUUCAGUUUACAUCCCUAUUGGGUAUCUCAUACAAAUAUUCUAGAAUGUCACUCAAAAUUAAAGAUGCUCUCUAGGGAAAUAAGAUUAAUUUAAUUUAUAGUCAUGAAUGCAUAUCUGAAGGUAUUAACAUUCCAGAACCCAAAAUUUAUGAAGAUCAUCCAAAUGAUUGGUUUGGUGAAAUUAAAGAAUCUGAUAAGGCUGUUCUUGAUUCAGGAGAACUUGCAACUCCAUAAAUUAAGUAUUAUGACAAUGAUGGAAAUGUCAUAUGUAUAUUAAUAAUUUUAUUGCAUUAGCUAAAGAAGAAUACUAAAAAUUAGUCGAAGCUGAUUUAUAAAGGUCACAUAAUUUCUAUCUUGGAAUAGUUGAAUAGCCAGAUUAUUCUUAGCCAAAUUAAUAAGUAGAAUCUAAUGAAUGA